AUGAUAUGGAAUUUCAAGGCACAUACCAGAGCAUACCGAUUCAUUGGUCACAAGGACGCUGUUAUGCACGUUCAAUUUUCCCCGUCAGGCCAUUUAGUUGCGUCUGCUUCUCGAGAUAAAACUGUCCGCUUGUGGAUACCCAGCGUAAAAGGGGAAUCAACUGUGUUUAAAGCUCAUACUGGGACUGUCAGAUGUGUCGAUUUUUCAAAUGAUGGUCAGUCCUUACUAACCGCAUCUGAUGAUAAAACAAUAAAGCUAUGGACUGUACAUCGCCAAAAAUUUCAAUUUACUCUCAAUGCACAUCUCAACUGGGUCAGACGAGCUAGAUUUUCACCCGACGGUAGACUUAUCGUGUCUGGUAGUGAUGAUAAGACGGUCAAGUUAUGGGAUAGAUCCAGUAAAGAAUGUAUUCACACUUUCUAUGAGCAUUCUGGAAUGGUUAAUGAUGUUGCUUUUCAUCCCAAUGGAACUUGUAUUGCAGCGGCAGGAACGGACAAUACUGUUAAGAUAUGGGACAUUAGAAUCAAUAAACUUCUUCAGCAUUACCAAAUCCAUUCCAAUGCUAUAAACAGCAUUUCUUUCCAUCCUUCCGGCAACUUCUUAAUUACUUCAUCAAGUGAUACCACACUGAAGAUACUCGAUUUGCUAGAAGGGCGACUAUUUUAUACGUUGCACGGCCAUCAGGGCCCUGCUACAGCGGUAACAUUCUCACCGACAGGAGAAUACUUUGCGUCUGGCGGUGCUGAUGAGCAGGUGAUGGUAUGGAAGACAAAUUUCGAUACGGUUGAUUACAGUGAAUAUCUAUCUGAUCGUCCGCCAGAAGUUACCGAUGUAGCUCCUGCAAUGUUUUCUAUUCCGAAGAAGUCAAGUAAGAUCGAUACUCUCAUGGCCGAUCACGGAUAUCUGGAAAAGGAGGCUGCUACUGAAGAUGUUACAGCCGCAAAUGGUGCUGAAACUAGUCCAUUAGAACCGCGUGAUAUCCCACCACAGUUAUCGCGAACUUUAGAACAUAUUGUCAGCCAAUUAGAUGUACUAACACAGACUGUUUCUAUUUUAGAGCAACGGCUAACAAUGACCGAAGACAAGCUUAGGGAGUGUCUCGAUAAUCAGCAAAAAAUUACGUUACAAAUUAAACCUAAUGAUUAA